AAUGCAAGUGUUUGGACUUACCAGGCGCGCAUAAUUCGUAUCUUGUAUGCUAUCAUCGUUACGUUUGUUGGUCGGAUGCAGCGGAAAUUAGAACAAUUACCUGGUCUUAGUAAUGUGACUGGGAAAUACACAAAAAAGUGUACAGAUGAACCAUACCCUCGUUUGUUUGUACGCAAUACGAGUGAAGGUAGGAAUGAUGUCACAAUCCAAAUGAAUAAAGUCAAGCCAGAAAGUUCGGGAGUUAAUAGUUCUGAUGUCUCAUCUCUUGUAUGGCCUUCGAAUGCCACAAAGUCUUCAACCAUGCAACCCCGAUCGGACUUCGCUAAUAGCUCUGAUUACUUACCAGUGAAUCACAAAUGUCCGAACAUUCAUGUCGCUAAACCUCAGUAUGUAACUCCGAAAUCGUCAACACCACACCAAUCUUUGAUAUCUAGUGGACCAAACAUGUCUUCAGGAGGAAAGGUGAGGCCUCAGAAAUCAAAUAUUCCUGUUAAGCCACAAGAUAUACAACGUACCAAACGAUAUAUGAAGGAAGUAGUGAAAUCGUCAUCAUCAGGAAGUGUGUCCGCACUUCAGUCUAAACCUACAGGUGUGAUAAUAGCCACUCCAUGUUCUCCACAGGUUAAUGAACAGGGUCUCACCAGGUCAUUUGAUAGUUUUUCUGUGAGUGGAAGAGUGGCUUCAUCUAGUUCAUUUUCUGGAAGUGAAGAAUCAUUUCAUACAGUCUCUGAAAGGGUGUCGUUUUUGAAUGGAAAAGAUUUUAGUCAAAGAUUGUUACCUAGUCCAUGCAAUGUGUCAGGUUAUUCUUAUGAGACAGAGGACAGGAUUCCUUCAACAAGAGAACAUUCACGUGACCGAUCAUCCAAUACUCAGCCACCAAAUUUACUGAAUGUUACGAAGAACUCACCUGGAGGUGCUAACUUUCAGCAGUGUUGUAAGAGAUUCUCAGAUGAUCAGGAGACUUACCCGCUAGGAGAUGAACAGAUAUGUAAUAGAAUAGGUCGGAUAAAUCUCUCGGAUAAUGGACCGGCUGUUUCACCUAUGCGUAUCGACAACGACUCAUCAUUCCAGUCCACAGAACGACAUAUUUCGUACUCUGGUAGUCAGGAAAAACAAGACACGAGUGAACUUAAGAGAAAACCCAUUAUACAACUAUAUGGUCUUCAACCGAGGCACGCCUCAUGGAAUGUUGGUAAGUAUAUACAAAUGAAUUAUGUCCAAUCUGUUCCGGAUUGAACUCUUUAACUAAUAAAAUAUGUAAAAUAUCUGUCACCGGGAUUAGGUUCGACGGUCAUAACUAUCAUUUUGGUGCAAUAUGAUGUUUAUACAUCAUCAGAAACAUAUGAUUAUGAUAAAAAUUCAAACUCUAUGGGAAGAAAGUUUUUGUUACUAAUUGUGAUUCUUUUGUAACUAAAUAUUUGCAACUCUACCAACCAACCCAUUUUGUUCUUAGAAGAUGAUUUAACAGCUUAAUAAGAAUAUACCUAUUUAGCGAUCGCUCGUGAUGCUGCCUGGUAAUUGCUUCCUUGCUUAAAUCACAAAACUUUGAAUUUUUUCCACGGUAAAAAGCAUUUUGUAAGUUUCUUCACCAACUGGUAUUGUGAUUGAACUAAGUUACAACAUUAGAACAUUUUAGGAGUUUAUUACCCCGUAGUUUCACAGACAGUUUUCAGAAAAUAAAAAUGCGCUUUAAUGCUCAAUGAUCAUAAAACAAAAUACUUAUGAAGAAUCUGUAUCUUUUUGGUCUCUUUUUGUCACAUGUAAACUGUGAAUAUUACUUUAUAUGCUUUGGCGAAGUAUCAAAUAUUCAACAACAAUGACCAGGCAAAGCCUGUCACUUCUUGAGCUUGCUCCCGAUUUAAACAUUUUUAAAAGUAUAUCUAUUAUGCCGCCAUUAUAAUUGUGCUUUGCAUUCAAACUAAUUUACUGAAAGUAUGUUGAGACUGACCAUGUUUCCUGAAGGCAGAAAACACGGUCUAUUUUUUACUUUCCCUCGACCAAAGCUAUAAAUUAAACUUAUCGGUCAUCACACUAACCACGGUUUGUGGCCAGCUGGAUAUGUCGCUUUUACCUAACCAGUUUACUAACUCGUUCUAUUCUUUUUAUUUAAAUGAAUAACUAUAUUUUAUUAGGUUUUUCAAAUAUAGCUGGAUUACCAGAUGCUCGAAUGCCGGGUUCACAGUGCACGCAAGACGCUUUGGAACAUUACUUGUCAGAUUUGGUAGCAGAUGAGCAGAGAAUGAUGGCAAGUAGUCCUUGUACGGGUUUGGCGCAUCCUUAUUGCGAAACAACGUCUGGUUGUGUGAAUCCAUCAGUUUCUCCAAAAUCUGGUGAGACUGAGAAGAAAAUGUGCUCGACAGAUUUAUUACAGUUUUUGGAGCAACGCAUUGAAAAUGCUUUGAGGAAUAUGACGUCUAUGGGUAUGCUCAAAAUAUAAAUAUUCCUUAAAUGAAACCAGGCUAGAUUGAGACUAUUUAUUUUUCUCAAGAAUAUAAUAAAGAAUUAACUACUCUAUGUAAUUUAGUCCGAAUGUUUUAGGUGUUCCUUUCAGUUUUUACUUUAAACUUUCCAUUACUGUUCUCAGGAGAAACAAAUUACAAGUUUUUAAUGAUUUCCCCCUUUUUACAUGCGAAAUUCUGGACAGUUUGUUAACAUUUCAUCAAUCGAUCUACAUAACUCAUCGACGAACUGUCUUUUCAUUUUAAUUUGGUUUUCGAAUUUUCCAAAAAGUCUUAUAUCAGUAUAUCACUACUUCAAACUCAAAGACAGUACAAUUUAGUAUUUCAAUAGGGACACUAUUUUUUCCCCACUUUCUAUAUGCUUCGUAGCAAGCUUCAAUUUUUGAGUAUUAGCACAAGUUUAUCAUUUAGAUAUCAGGAACCCACUUCUACCCUUUAAUUGACUAUUAUUUUUUAGGCUAGUUUUCCAGUUAAAUUAUGUAACUAAGCUUAUUCUUUUACUGUAUUGCAUUCAUUAACUACAUAAAUUUAGGCUUGAGUAUUUUUUGAUAAUGUGAAAAGUGUUAUCUUCAUAAAUAAAAUAAGUGUCCAAGAGAAUUUAUUUGGCUUACGAAGCUAACUGAAAAACAAAAUUACUCUUUAGUAUAAAUUUGUCUUGAAUAAAUUGACUGUUGUAACGGAAUUUAAUUGGUAGUUUUAUCCCCGGUUUUGUUUUAUAUAAAACAAGUAGAUAGAGUUUUUAUAAUCACUGUGGCUAAUGUUAAUAUGACUGUGCGACUAUAUAAAUUACUAUGCCUUGGUAGAGUUCUUACUAAAUUCUUUUUUAUGGGUAGUGAUAAAUAACACGUGCCUCUUCUUUCUAAAUGUUUGUGAAUAAGUGAAGUUUUUAAACCUUUAAAUAUUUUUCUUGUUUUGGAUUAUUAGACUCAAAACCAUACCCUUAUCAUAGUACACAAAAUCGGAUGCGCCCCAAUAGAAGUGCUUCCUUAAAUCCAGUUUGCGAACCUCGAGUAAAAGGUGUUGAGUCACCGUCAAUGGCUGGGAAUAUCUUUCAAAAUCAACCGACAUUUGAAAAUAAUGAUUCACAACAGGUUUAUUCCAACGAAAACUCUGCUACGCCUCUAAAUAGACAACACAUUAGUUCUUAUUCAGAUGAACGCCCAAGCCAAACUUACGCAGAAAGCAAUGUGCUUCAGCAAUUUAAUUUCGAUGAGUUGCAGUAUCUUCUUAAAGCUGUCAGAGAUUUGUUGGUGUUACGCACUUCUUCUGCAUACACAAAUGCUUCACUGAGACAAGAUGGAUCCAAAAUGACUGAACUGGAUAAACCACGCAAGCAUGGUAAAACUGAACGGAAUGAAACAUGUGCGGUGUCAAACAGAGAUGAUCAGAGUAUGUGUACGGAGUCACCAUAUAUAGCUAGAUCAUUAUCAAGCAGUCGUAGUAGCAGUGCUGUGAGGAACAAUCGCUUUGAGGUGACGUCAGAAUCUCGAGGUAGCCGACUGAGUUCCGGAAUAUCCGAAGACGGUAGCCAUUCAAAUGCUGACUUAAUGCAUCAGCGUCUACCCAUAGGUUUCCAGCAUUUUGAGCGGUAUUUGGAUAGUAAAUUUGGCCCAGAUCACCCAACUAACAACGCUUUCACAAACAGUUCGGAUGUUCAGUUAAAACCUGAGUCAUGUGCGAAAACAAUGCAAACGAGUUCAGGAAAUUCCUCCUCAGCAUUGUCGGGAAAUUCAUCUGACCACAAUUCACACAUGUUAACUAAACAAAAACCACACAGUUCCAUUCCAAUGAAUCUAGGAACUACUCAAACAGGUAAUAUCACCACUAACAAGGCUGAAGAGACCGUCAAUCGCUCUUCUACAACACUCGUUUCGCAACACCCCAGUAAUUUAAACGAAGUUUCCUGUCCAAUGUAUACGAACUUGCAGUCUGAUUAUUCAGGACAAACAGAAUGGAAUUUAGAUGAAAAACUAACAAUGACUAGUGAAUCUUGUGCUUCAACAUCUAACCAACCUGGUUUGGUCACACAUUCACAUAACAGUGGAUACGUAUCUGUUCCCCUCAUAAAUCACUCAAGCUCUUCUCAUACUGGAAACGCAGAUAGCAAUACUAAUCAUACGAAUUACUGCACAGAGUCAAAUAACAUAUAUGCUCCCGAUCUUCAACAGGGACAAGCAACUUCUUGGCCACCGAAUUGGUAUCAGUGGUACAUUUCUUCUCACAUGUUUCCACAAAGGCAUCCAUCAUAUUCACAAUUUCCCUACCACCAUUACUAUUACCCACACCUGAAACAACAACAACAAUUCGGUCUUGAUCAUACAGUUUUUUCACAACGCAUGAAUCGUUUAGUCACGCCUUUAUCUUAUGUGAUGAAUUCUCCUCCAAACUAUUCGCCAUCGGGGCAUUUUUGCUGCAUGGAUCCAAGCCAUGGACACGUAUACGAAGGCAAUUGUACAUCCCCUUUGACUGAAAGUUGCCAUUUCGUCUCCUAUGAUCCACAGACUACAGAAAACCCACUACAAGCAACAGCAGCCGGUGGUCUAUGCUCAUGUGCAAAUCCUGAUGGAAUCAAACGAUUUGCCAAUAUAAACUACACCUAUUCGGAUAGAAUCCUAGCAAAUUCUUAUGCAGCUUAUAGACCGUCAGGUGUGUAUUCACCUCCACCUGGUUAUCCUUGGUUUCCUUGCAUGAACGCUGUUCGCUGGGAUCCAUUUUCUUAUAGUAACAACAAUAACCUAGAAAAUUACAAUUGGAAUGCUUAUUUUCAACGUCCGACUUAUGGACGAUUUACAAAUUGUAUGCCUCGUUCUGGUAGCGCAAAUGCUGGGUUUACAUAUUCGUCUGAAACAGAUAAUUUAUCAAGUCAUACAUCUGAACGUGGAGCAGCUUCAGAACUUGAUAGAUUUAAACAAAAUAGCAAUCGUUGUGAGCAUUAUUAUGCAGUUAAUCCAAGUAACCAGGUAUUUAUACUGUCAGAUCAAACAAAUGAUGCACAAAGCUUCUUUCAUCACAAUAAUAAUAAUGGUAACGUUUUACAGUCUCCGGCUUUACGCUCAAUGACUAAUUCGUUUAGUGCCAAUGAUUUAGCCGCUUAUCAUAAUCAAAGUAGAAUAGGAAUGAGAUAUACUAAGUCAAGUUUUGAUUUAGCUCCAGAAUUACCCGUUGAACCGGGAUUAGCUUUAAUGGAUCAUUCUAAUUUCUAUUCAAAAAUUUCAUCAUUAAUUGAAAUGGACAACAAUAGUCGUUUAAUUUUACCGAAUGGAUGGUCUGAAAGACGAUCAGGUCUUGGUCGAUCAUAUUAUACAUGUGAUUCAACCAGAAGAUCCACAUGGAAUCAUCCACUUAUUGGACCGUAUGUACCACUGGGAUGGGAACGUGUUGAUUCAAGUCAAUCAGGUGUUUACUAUCAAAAUUUGCUUAUUCCUCACUGUCAACGUCAUCAUCCCAACCUCUGGAUUAAUGCUCCUUUAAAAGAUCCUGAAGUAGAACGUAAAAGUUUCUUUACCGAUCUACGUAAACUACAAUUAUCCCUACGGCAUAAUUUGCUUGCUUGCCAUAGUGAAGUGGGUGCAUAUAAAAAUGCUAACUCAGAACAAGAACAAUACUUUAUAAGCCGAUUUCGAUAUUUGAAAUUAGAGUCCCUAAUGGGAAUGAUUUAUGGUUUGGAUCAACUGUUCUACCAAGAUCUUCAUGCUUUAGUGGUAUCCUUCGAACAAGAAAGAAUGUCAGUAGUUUCUCAUAUGUUUGCGAUUCGACCGCCAGAGAAAACCUUCCCCCAGUUUACAGAUCCUUAACUUAACCCUCAUUUAUACGUUAAUCCUUUAAAAUUUGUUAAAGUGUUUGAUUUCUUAUUCAUUUAAUUUUGUACAGAAAUCUGUGUACUAUUUACUUCUCAACAAAUGCACUAACUAUGGACUCUUUGUAAGAAUAUUCACGAGUUUGAAGUAUUUAAACUUUCAUGUUGACUAACCGGUUAGUUAUAUUACAGUGAGAUGAAACUUUUAGUAAAACAUUGAAUAUCUGCUUAAAGUUUCAAAUAUAUUCGAUACUCCUAUCAUAAUUUUGUGUUGAAAACAAUUAUCAGUGGCUAAUUGUAUUCCUUAUGAUUUAUUUCAUCUUAACUUUUCCCUGCAUCUCAGAUUUUAAAUUUAUCAUUCCUAUGAAGGACUUUCCUUCCAAAUCGAAAAGUUAUGAAGUUGUUUCACAUCCACUAGUCACCAAAAAUUGUUGGUACUGAAUCACCAUGAUUCUCAAAAAUUGUUCAUCAUAGUUCGUCUUCAAGUGGCGUCAGUAGGCUCUGUUCUCAAUACAUGCAUUAACAUGCAAUGAGAAGACACCGAAUAAAAUGUUGACGUAGUGUAACUAUUAGUUGUUCCUAGUCUACAUUUUGAACAUAUGACUCUCAAAGUUAUGGUACACC